CUUGGCGACAGUAGAAUAAGUUCUCUUAUACGAUUAGCUUAACGCGAUGUCAUUCGUGUUUGACGUCACGUAUGUAAAGUAUUAGUGAUUCCUAUUGGGUAAUCGGAUUCAUCUCGCCGUGUGUGAUGUUUAGAUUGCAGUAUGAAGCUUUUGAUUGGUUAAUAUACCUGUCCAUCUACUGACUUCAUAAUAGAAGUGAACGGAACAGGGGUGGGGCGAGUGUAAGUGGGUUAGAGCCGUCAAAAAAACCGACAAGGUAUUCCUCCGCCAUUCAACAAAGGAGGAUACAUAGGGCUUAGUUUUAUUUUCUGUAACUCUGGUGUCCCUUUUUUCUACUCCGUCAGUCUACAUUCAAUCGGUUAAUAUCCAGAGAAGCCAUUUUUUGUUACAAAAAUACAACACUACAUUCCUCUUGACUGUUAUGCUGUUGGGUUGCCAGAUAGUAUCAAAACCCUUCACAUUGCAUUCGGUUUUUAUUUAUUAUAAUUCUUUAUCAAGUUGCACAUCUAACUAAACACGUACAGUAUAUCCCAUUGUAGGUAAACAUAUAUUGUACAAUUUGUAUAAUGUAUACAAAUACAUCUAUUUAUAAACAUUCCAUGUAUUUAUAAUUACAUCACUGCUGAAUUAUUCAAUCUUUUGGAUCAGAAGCUUUCUUUUAAGAUUUCAAAUUCAGAGUUAUAGGAAGUCUUAACAUUGGAGAACUUUGCACUUUUCUGUUUAUCUGAAACUUGUAUUUUUCUUUGUUUUUAUUUGAUUUAGAGAGAGUAAAAACUAUUCUGAGUGAAUAGACUGAACAUGGCAACCCGGCUUCUGGUUGCCAGGGGUUGUUACUGAACACAUUACCACAACACAUUUUUUUUAUUCUUAUUCCCAUUAACCUUCAUCAUGGAUUCAUUAAUUUGUGUAAAGUGUAAUAUGACUUUUAGAUCCAUGUAUUUUCUGAUGAAACACAAGGAGAUGUUUUGUAUUGGAGCAGUUUCUCAACCAGAGAGUCAGAAGAUAAGAGAAAAGAUCAGAAGGCACCAGCUACACCGAUAUUUCCCCAAGAUUCAGGCUCUUCAGAUCAUGCAGUCAUCUCAUCACGAUCCUAAACCUGAACCUUACAACAAACCAACAGAUCCCGCAGACAGAUCAGAAGUUCACCUUAGUCAAGACCUGGCUGAAGUUCAUGAAUGCAAAGGAGUGCUAUCUGAUGGGCCCAAACGAUUGGACAUGCAAAGACAAGAGUUUGAUUACAAGCUACAAGAGUUAGCUGCUCAAAAUGGGAAAGUGGCUGAACUCAAAGGAAUGCUGUUAGAGCUGAAAGAACAGGAGCAGAGAAACAUGGCGUUACUGAAAACUCUAAUGGAUCAUCUGCAGCAGAAUGGGCAGGACAUUCAUCAACGUAAUGACCCACACCUUCACAUGACUAAAAGUGAGGAGAGAGUAAUAGAAAAAUACAUUCCUGUUUAUAGCUGUGGAGUGCUUUCUACGGAAAUCAGUACUCUUCAUCUCUCCUAUCUCCAGAGUGGAGGAAAUGAUCCUCAAAUCCUGGCUCACCUGCAGCAUUUGUUAGACGUGGCUAUUAAAUUAGAAAUGCAGGCUGGGAAAAAAACUCUUCUCAAAACUAAACGUCAAAGGGACAAAUAUCUGAGCAGAGAACUUGUGUCUGUAGAGCUGGAAAAUCAGUGCUUGGAAGACGAAUUAAUGAAAAUGGAGUUAAGAAAGAGAACGUCAAGAACAACUUCAAACUUUCGACCUGCUGAGCAGGAGAUGAGAGCUGCGAAGAUGAACAUUGAGCUGUUAAACAACGAAAUUGAGAUUAAUCAUCUGAGAAAGCAAAUUAUGAGCAGAAAAAUGACACCGUCUUUAGUGACCUUUCCCCCUCUGGAGGAACCCAGAUCACCAACUUUAACCAAACACCUCAUGAAUCAAUCAGAUGGAUUGUAUCCGAGUCCCUAUGACCCAAGGACAGGUUUUGUGGUGUUUUAUGAUUUCAUCUUGGGAUUGUGCAAGUCAUACAGAGUUUGUCGGCUGAUGGUGGGGAUAUACAGUGGGGAUGUAUGUUUGGGAAGCCCUUCCAUAUUACCCCCAGUUUACUGUGAUCCUUUCAGCUCUCCUCAGCAUAGUGCAGAAGGAAAGGCUAUACUCGCCAGUAAGCAGGCAGUACCAGGGGUCCAGCCUGCUUCGUCAAUCUCUCUAGUGAUGCAGCUGCAGGCAUCAGGAGGUUAUGAUAUCUACGGAUAUGAAGUGACACACUUAGCACCACGAGGCUGGAUGAAGCUCCAUCUCUUCGACCAUCACGAUCGUUUGAUCACUGGGAGAUGGAAAGUACCCAUUCGUCUGCUUCCAGCCAAACCCUCAAUGACAAUGGCCGAAGUCAAUUCUGUUCCCCAGUUGGACAAUGCAGAACUAUACCUAAGAAUCGUUAACACAAGAUAUGCUGAGAUUCAGAGCUCUGUUCCAAUUAGCAUCAACAAUACUGGGAUCUACCAAUUCCCUCCUGUGCAAACUCCUAGACACCCAUUAGGCAUACAGGAGUCUCAUGAAUCAAUCCAAUCUCCAGAUGAUCAGAGUGAACAGGUCCAUGAUUCAACCUUCAGUCAGCACCUUGUAAACACUGCUUCAUAACCUGAAGUGACUUUAAAUUAACCUUUGUAAGCUGAAAAACCAUUCUAAUGUGAAAUGUGCAACACGCUGUCUGUCACUGAUCAAUAAUAUGGUAUAUAUAUAUAUGGCAAACCGAAUGUGUUGUAAAACAUGGUUGUAAUCAAAUAUAAAUAUUAAAUAGUAAAAAUCAUCUUGGUGUUAUUGUAUUCGCCAAAAUAUCUCAGAGAAAUAAAAAAAGU